GAACGAUGUCGUUGAAGAAAGUCGCAUCUGAGCCAAAACUCAAAAAGGCCUCAAGAGGGUCGGGGCUUUUUGGGCGAUCCUGAAAGGUAGAAUCAAUAAUGGAAGCAAACCAAGAGGGGGAAGAAGUGACCGGAACACGAACAGGACAAUCAGAAGAACAAAAAUUGCUGCAACGAGUGUGGAGUUGGGGAGCAGGAACGGACGGCCAGUUGAGCACAGGAAAGCUUGAGGAUGAGAAUCUUCCUCAACUCCUUCUUCACUUUCCUAAUCUCUCCUCCGCUGGAACCGUCUCCAUGCUCGCCUGCGGCGGCGCUCACGUUAUUGCAUUGACCUCCGCUGGGAAAGUACUGACAUGGGGCAGAGGGACAUCAGGUCAGCUAGGCCAUGGAGAGAUGCUCAGCAGCUUAGAUCCACAGCCCGUUAAUUUCUUGGAUUGUUAUGUUAUAACUCACGUCUCUGCUGGAUGGAGCCACUCUGGGUUUGUUUCAGACACUGGGUCACUUUUUACUUGCGGAGAUGGCUCGUUUGGUCAGCUUGGGCAUGGCGAUUAUGAGUCACAUUGUGUUCCUGUUCAAGUCUCAUACUUCAUUAAUGGGCAUGUUGAACAGAUAGCUUGUGGCAUGCGACAUUCACUUGUCUUGUUGAAAGAUUGUGCAGGAAAACAAAUUUAUGGUUUUGGUUCUGGAAAGCGUGGUCAAUUGGGUAUCUCCAGGGAUAAGGUUAAAUCAAUUUGUGUUCCCCAAGUUGUACAUGGGGUUGAAGACAUUGAAAUAAUUAGCAUUUGUGCAAAUGGAGAUCAUAGUGCUGCACUAUCUGUUGAUGGGAAGCUGCACCUAUGGGGAAGAGGGUUUGCUGGAACUUCUGAUGUUCUUACCCUGCAGCAUUUUGUUUCAUCUUUAAAGUUUUGUAAAGUUGCCCUUGGUUGGAAUCAUGCUUUAGCAUUGACUGCAGAUGGUGGUGAAGUUUAUAUCCUUGGUGGUGAUCACCAUGGAGUGCUUGGUGAUCUUGAGAAAAUAAACCUGCAGAAGCACUCAGAUUCAACUUGUGCUGCUUUGAAUAGAGUCUCUGGUCUUGAUGAGACGGAAGUUGUGGAUAUUGCAGCUGGAGCAGAGCAUUCUGCUUUAUUGACAGUGGAUGGAGCAAUAAAGACAUGGGGAUGGGGUGAACAUGGUCAACUCGGCUUGGGUAGCACAAGUGACCAAACCAGCCCUCAAACGGUGAUUCUAGGCCACCAGACUCAGAACCAAGAGGACGUGCUGAAAGUUUACUGUGGCAGCGGAUUUACAUUUGUUACAAGAACACCUUUUCCUUGUCAAACCUGACAGAAUUGAACAUGGUGGAAAAGGGAUUGUUACCAUAGUAUGUAAUGUCAACCACAUUGUGAGGACUAUUCACCAUUGACAAGUUCAUUAGUACUUUCAAAGAAUU